AACGAGGCCGUCGAUGAUGAGGUGUAGCACGUCCUCGGGAAUCUCAGACAACGGCGACGCCAUUGAUUGAUUGAUGCAAGCUCUCUGGAUCUCUCUGGAUCGCGUGAAGCGUGAUAGUCGGUGCCCCGUAGUCCUGCUCUGGUAGUUUGUUCCGAUCGUAUGCAUAUAUAUGGAUCUGGUAUAACCGCAUUACUACUCCGUUUCGGAACCAGAGGGGAGGAUCGUAUGCAUAUAUAUGGAUCCUCCCCUCGGUUUCGAUCCCGUCUCCCACGCGCAGUACCGGUCGGAGAUGGUACGGCACGGCGGCGCCGACGCAGGGGCUGCGCGGGAGGGAUGCACCCACCUAGUCGUCAGCGGACUCGUCGACGACGACCCGGUGUGCGUGGCGGCGCGGAAGGACGGUAGGAAGGUCGUGACUGGGCUGUGGGUGGACGACUCCGUGGAUCUCGGAGCCAUGGUUGAUGCCGAUCAUGUACUGUAUAGGCCAGUGAGAGAUUUGGAAGACAUACCGGGUGCUGAAUCGCUGUGCAUUUCCUUGUCGGGCUACCAAAGACAGAACGGGCGUGAAGCCAUAAUGAAAAUGGUUAAUAUGAUGGGAGCGCGGUUCUCCAAGCCUUUGACAACGAAAACGACUACCCAUCUCGUCUGCUACAAAUUCGAAGGCACGUUGUUUCCUUAACAGUGUUGCAUACAAGUUCUUAAUUGUUUGCAUUGCACUGACUGUACUUGUUGUAUCGUUAGUGUUCAUCUUUUUGUUAACGUUUUAUUAGCAUGCAUUCCAUUUUGAUAACUUUUUUUAUUUAAUCUUGUUGUUUUCUGUUACAGAAAUUUGAAUUGCUGUAUAAGUCAGAAUAUUAGCAGCUAUCUCCAUUUUUGAAUAGAGAUGUCAACAUGGUGGUUUUUCUGAGAUAUUGAUAGUUAAAUGCAGACAGUUCAGGAUUUUGAUUUCCCUUUGUCUUUAGUUUGGGUUAGUCUUGCGCAUCAGAUAUGAGUUCAAUAAUGCAUAUCAUAUCAUGCCUCUGACCAGUCUCCUGGAAAUUAGGAUUCUGUUUUUUUUAUUCUGCUCUGCAUUCAGUUUGUUCCACUACUAUUUCAUACCUUCAAUGUAAUUCGCUACUUUUUUCCAAAUUGUGCCAGGUGAGGAGUACGAGCUUGCUAAAAUGGUGAAGAUUAAUAUUAUUAAUCACCAGUGGUUGGAAGACUGCUUAAAGGCAUGGGACAUUCUUCCUGUUGAUAAUUAUACUGCCAGAAGUUGUUGGGAAUUGGAGAUAAUGGAGGCAGAAGCUAAAGAUUCCGAAGAUGAAGCACAAAGUUCUGAUAGAGGCUUGUCUGAUAGCAGAGGCAGAACUCCUGCUGAUCUUUAUGGUCACAUACCCAUUAAUGGUCCUUCUGUCUUCUAUGGCAAUGCAGAUGUUCCUGCAGGAACACAUGUCGGUGCUUUGCAACAGAUUAGGGAAGUGAAAGAUGCAAGUGAAUGGUCAGUUGAUGUCAUGGCUGACACACUGAGCACCCCAAACACCAAUGUUGGGACAAUUUCUGCUGAUCCUGAAGCCCAUGCACAUGCACCACAAACUGAUAAAGUUGAAGUUGUAGCUGCAGACUCAGAACAUGACAAGUUGGCUUCUCAUAAAACCUUUGAAGCAGGCCCUAUGGAGAUCCCAAUCACUGCAGUCCCUGGUGAAUUUGGAGUAUUUUCCCAGGAAGUAUCAACUUCGCAACAGAUUAGGGAAGUGGAAGAUGCAAGUGAAAGGUCACUUGACGUCAUUGCUGACAUACUGAACACUCCCAAAACAAAUGGUGUAGCAAUUUCUGCUAAUCCUGAUGGCAAUUUACCUAUCCAUGGUCCUACUGUCUUCACUGGCAAUGCAGAUGCAGUGGUUCCUGCAGGAAGACGCUUGGAGACUUCACAGCAGAUUAGGGAAGUAGAAGAUGUCAGUAAAAGGUCACUUGAUGUCAGAGCUGACAGACUAAGCACUCCAAACACAAAUGUUGUGACAAUUUCUGCUGAUCCUGAUGCCCAUGCGCAUGCAUCACAAGCUGACAAAGUUGAAGCUGUAGCCGCAGACUCAGAGCAUGACUCAAUGGGUUCUCGUGCAACCUUCCAAGCAGGCCCUAAGGAGAUCCCAAUUACUGCAGUCCCUGGUGAAUUUGGAGUAUUUCCCCAGAAAGUAUCAACUUCUAGUGUGAGAAAUCUUGGUGCCAAGAGGUCACAGAUUCCUGAGGAUGAAACGGCUGCUGUAUCUGUACAUAGUAACUGUGACCUUGCUGCUUACAAGUCCAAGCAUGGUAAAGUUCUUUCCAAUGGCAGUGUCGAAGCAGAUCUUGGAAAGAACUGUAGCCUGAAUGCUGCUGAAAGCACAACAUUCGUGCCUGAAGAAAUCUUGAGCAGAUCAAGGAGCGCAGUUGCUAAGAGCCCACUCAAAUCCAACAGUCAGAUGAAUGAUGCGAUAGUGGUUUACAAGAUGAAGCCUGCUAAUAUGAAUAUGGAGGAAAACCCUACAACCAGCGCAUGCCCAACCGCUGGUAAAACCGAAAGAGUAUCUUUCGAGUUAAGUUUUCUUGAGGCGGUGAGUGCAGAAGGUUCCACUUCAAAGGUUUCAAGCAGUGCAACUGCAGAUAACUCUGAAACAUGUAUCCCCAAAAGAGUCCUGAAGCCCAAGAGGAGGAGAGUAUCUUCUUUCCAAGAAGGGAGAUCUGACAGUGAGGCUUGCAGAACAGUUAGUGUCUUAUCUGAAGCAUCAACGUUGCCUGCAGAGAGUUCCACAAAUGCUGGCAUGGUGACAGUGUACAAGGGUCUCCACAAUGCUGAUGAAGCCUGCGAAGAUAGACCAGAAGAUUUGCAAAGCUCUAAACCUAGAAGCAGAAAGAGACAGAAAACUGACCACAAUAACAAGGAAAACAUACCAGCCAAUACUAGUCUCGCUCCUAAAUCAAAACAUGGGGAAAAACGUGUGAGUUCUGAAUGCGCCAGAAUAGCUGUAGAGAAUUACAAAUAUGUGAUUGAUGACCGCAGUAUGACAGGGGGAAAUGAUGAUGGAUCCUUGGCCAUGUGGGAACCAGAACCUACAUGGUUUAUUUCAAGUGGGCAUCGCCUGUUGAGAAAGGAGUGCAGGUCAAUAUUUCUACGCCUGAAGGGAAGGAUCUGCUGUCCCUCACACCACUGGUCUUUCCAAGCGACACAUUUUAUCACCCCUGAGCUCCGCAGAACCGAAAAAUUCUUUGCAGCUGCUGCAGCUGGGAGGUGGAUACUGAAGCCUGAGUACUUGUUUGCUUGCAAUGAGGCUGGCAAGCUAGUGGAUGCAGAAUCAUUCGAGUGGCAUGGUGACGGCCUUAACGACAACCAAACAAUAAGCCUGGACGCUUCGAGGAAAUGGCAGCACCUGAAGCAGCGCGCCGGCCAUGGCGCCUUCUAUGGGAUGCGGAUCAUCAUAUAUGGAGAGUGCAUUUCUCCAUCAUUGGACACCCUGAGGCGUGCAGUGAGAGCCGGUGAUGGCAUGAUCCUGGCCACUGCCCCGCCUUACACACGGUUCCUGAAGCUGGGCGCGGUCAGCUUCGCGGUUGUGUCUGCGGGCACGCCAAGCAGCAACACGUGGGUUCAAGAGUUCAAGAGCCACGGGAUCCCGUGCGUGAACCCGAGCUAUCUGGUGGACUACAUGUGCAAGCCCAGCCACCUCGAGCAGCACAAGCACGUCCCCUUCGACAUGCAGGACCUGGCUGACGAGUCCCUGCGGAAGGUGCUGUCGAGCCAGGAGGGAGGUGAUGCCGAGCAGAGCUGCAGCUCCGGCAGAAUGGUGGUGGUUGCUAUGCCCAAGAACAUGCAUGGAUCACUCCAUUGUAUUGAAAAUGCAAGUUCUAACAAGAAAACUGUGCAAAUACUAAUCGACAACGGCAGGCCUACUUCGACUCUCAAUGUCGAAUUGGACGAGCCCUCCAGAAAUAUGGUGGAAAAUUACAAGAUGAAAUCAAAUUGGAACUACGCAGACUUCUAUUUCUCCUACAAGAACAAAAUUAUUCUUCCUGGUCGAACAUUAAGAUCAUAUGGCAUUUCCAAGGGAUGUACAAUCGAUCUCUACACCAGAGUGAGAGGUGGAAGAUUAUCUUUUAUGGACUAUGUUGAGGAAUACAAGGCUAGUUUCACAGAAAUUGCCAAGCUUCCUGAUGGGAAUCUUUCGUUGAAAGUGCCUAUUGGAGGAUGUAUAUUUCUUUCAUCCUUCCUAUCAUGCGUCAUGGCUACAUGGUCGCAAAACAGGUCUUGGAAUGGCUAGAUCCAGUGGAACAUACACUUCAGAGUAAUUGAUGGUGUUGUUCAAAUUGGUAGGAGGGCAGCUAUUUCAAUCCAGAGUUCUUGCAUGGAGAGUGAUGUACAUCCUAUAAUUGAGUUUCUGGAUUAUGCCUUUUUGAGCAAUGACAAAAGACUGCAGGACAGAAGACCACCCUAUUUUGACCAUUUGAUACGAUGUUUGAGAGAAAUGAAGUCAGCAGUGCCGAGUCCUGGUGAUAAGUUGACGAUAGCAUCUCACGCGAGCUAUAUGUUACCUUUUGACAGGUUAUUGCUUACUAUUUCACUCAGAAGAAAGUAUAAAGGUUCGAGCAAAGAAGAAAAAACUAAAUGGGAUGGUGCCAUAAGGAAAGCUUCAUUAAAUGUUGCCUUGACCGAUCGAUUGCUGGAACUACCUGUGUUUAACGAUAUUAAAGCAGCAGCAGAUAGAAGAGGCGAAUCAUAUCCAGCAGAGCUAACACGGUCCGUGUCCUUUCGGGUGUCACGGGAUUAUUGCAUGCAUGCACUCGAAAAUCGAUGGGCGGAUGAUCCAGAUGCAAAACCUAGCGAGAAGGAUAAACAAAUUGAGAAAUUCAAAGAUGAUGAUGGCAUUGAGCUUAUGCUUCCAGUGCACGUAAAAAAAUUUCUUGCUAAUCUGAUCGAACAACUUAUCCUGGCAAACAUUGACAUCAACAGAGAGCUUUCAAGUGCCGUACUGCACUGCACCAAGUGCCCCAUAGAACCAACUCAUCCAGUUGUGGCUGAACCCAUUGGUGAUGAUUACAUGCCGACUUGGAUGCUUGCUCGAACUAAAGCUGAACAAUCAAGGCUC